CCUCACACCUGUCAUCUGUGUGCGAGCGACCGAGGACAGUUCGUUGGCUUUACUGCGCGCCGACGAAUCUUCGAUAAUUCCUUCUCUCCUUUUUCUCGCCCCCUCAAAAUUUUCUCCGAUCAAAAUCCAAUCAAACCCUAGAAAAAGAAGAAGAGAAGAAGAAAUCGGAGAUGAAAAGAGCUAGCCCGCCCAAGCACCGCCACGACGGCACCUCGCCGCUCCCCUUGGGGAUGGAUUGGAGCCCGCCGCCUAAGAAAUGGGAGGGGAGAAACACUGUGUGGCCACAUGAUCCACGGACAGGUUGGAGUUAUUGUGUUAUGGUUCCUUCCUGGGUUGUCCAAACCAAAUCAAAAGCGUCUACUGACAGCUUGUUGAAUCCUAUCAUUUUUUACAGGAUUCAAGUUGGUAUACAAUCGCCAGAAGGGGUUAGCUACAUCCAUGGAAUACUUCAUAGGUUCAGUGAUUUCUUGGAAUUAUACUCUUCUCUUAAGAGAGCAUUUCCAAAGAAGGACAUCCCCCCAGCUCCACCGAAGCAUACUUUGCUGAGAAUAAACUCCAGUAGGCUACUCCUCGAGGAGAGAAGGCGUGCUCUGGAGGAAUGGAUGGGGAAGCUACUCUCUGAUAUUGACCUGUCUAGAAGUGCUCCUGUGGCUGCUUUCCUUGAGCUAGAGGUUGCUGCAAGAUCGUCCUUUCAGGACACAAGCCAGCUUUCCUUAGAAACGCGCCAUUUGGGUGAGGCUUCUUUUACUCCUUCAUCACCACCAGAAAGAACAGGCUCAGGUGCUUCUGUUGCUGGUUCUUCAGCUGUAGCUUCUAAUUGUCAUUCAGCAACUUCAGACAUGGGUAGUGAUUAUGCAUAUGAGACAUCAGAUGUAGGAACUUCUUCUCAGGGGAUUGUUCAUGCAUCUGACACCCGCAAAGAAUAUAUUUCAUCAGUUCAUGACUUUUCUGCUCCAAUCGCAGAAGUCAGUAAUGGUGUCCUUAUGGGAGAAUCAGCUCUUAAUCGACAAGAAGAAUUUCUUAGGAUAAAAUUGCAACAAAGAAAAGAGAGCCUUUCUAUUGACGGGGAGUCUUUUUAUGGAAAUCCUUCAAGGGAGGCAUCCCUUUCGAGGGAGAGAAUAGAAUUCAUGCCAGAACAAGAUCAUGAUAAGCUUUCUGGUCAUUCUCGUAAACUUUCUGUUGAUAGUAUUUGUAGUGAUGCAAGUUCACUAAGGGGCAGUGAACUAUCAGUUCCUGGGGGUAUUACUUCAGUGUGGGAUGGUUCUGUUGAUCUUACUGGCAGAGAGGCUCAAAGUGGCAUCAGUGCAGAGUUUGUGAAGGAUGCACAGAUUAUUCUCCCUCUUGAUCAACGACACAAACUAAAUAGAGUUCUUGUCACCAUGCAUCAGAGAUUAUUGACUGCAAAAACGGAUAUGGAGGAUCUCAUAGCAAGAUUAAAUCAAGAGAUGACUGUGAAAGAAUACCUUGCAACAAAGGUCAAGGAUUUAGAGGGGGAGCUAGAAGCCACCAAGCAGAAGAGUAAAGAAAAUCUGCAACAAGCCAUGUUAAUUGAAAGAGAAAGAGUUACUCAAAUGCAAUGGGAUAUGGAUGAACUUCGUAGGAAGUACAUAGAGAUGGAGUCAAAACUCAAGAUCGAACAAAGUGAGAAGACUCGUGCAGAGUCAGAAAAAUUAAGUGCUAGCAGUGAUAAAGAUCUGUUAUUGGAAGAUUUGGAUAGCAAACAAGAACAGAUAGAUAAGUUGCAACGGCAUCUAGAAGAUGUGGAGAUGAAAUCAAAAGCAGAUAUUAAAGUUCUUGUGAAAGAGGUUAAGUUUUUGAGGAAUUCACAGAGAGAGCUAAAGGAAAUGUUAAAUCAAUCUAUGAAAGAAAAGGCGGAUCUAGAGAAAGUUCUUCAAAGUGAGAAGCAAAAGUCGUCACACUCAAAAUCUUCAAGAAAGAAGCUCCUACAUGAAUGUGAAGUACUUCGUCAUCGGCUACAAGAAUGCAGCAUUGAGUUUCUUGCGGAAGGAGAAGAUAAAUUUACGGUUAAUUCUUCAUCACUAUCUGAUGCUUUAGACCUCCUGGCAACUUCAGAUAAUAGAAUCGGGCUUCUCCUUGCCGAGGCUCAGCUACUUGCCCAAGAUGAUGAGCACGCCAUCAGUGAUAGAGAAAAAUCAAAGAGUACUGCUUCCUCAGAAAAUCUUACUGUGGCCAAUGGUGAUGAUUCACUCAAAGCCGAUGAUGAGACGAGAAGAAUGCUAACUGAAACGCUAAUAGACAAUGCUAAACUGAGAAAGCAGGUCAAUUCCGUCCUUCGUUGUGCCUUCAAAACAGUCGCUGAGCCUGAGAAAGGCGAUGGUGAAGUCGCUUCCAAGAAAUCUGUUUUGAAUAGAUUCUUUGAAAGAUGAAUUCUUCAUUAUUGUCUUUCUAUCAGAAAGCUCUCUUUCAGCCCAUAAUCACGAUCCAUCUGUGUAUAUUUGCUGUCAAAUGAUCUUGGGGAGUCAUCUUAGGUGGUGAGAACUCUGUAUUUAUAAUUUUUGUCCAUAGAGAAUAAACUUAUGAAAAAUUAUAGUAUCUAGCUUGUUACAAACACUCUGGAGAACGAGUUGGCCAUGCCAGGAGAGCCAGGUUGCUUACUGUAAUUUGCCCGACUUGGGAGAGUCGUAUCUUCCAACUAGGGAGAAUUGAGAUGAGAAUGCCAGAAGAUUCAGGUUGUUUACUGUAAUUUUACCCAACUUGGAGUUGGAGAGUUAUCUCCCAACAAGGAAGAGAAUCACACAUCAAUCUUGAAAUUA